AAAUGAAUAUCUGUGCAAUUAUACGGCCACAUGACGAGAGAACCAAGUCUAGAACAUAGCUCACACGACUGAAUUCCUAGCUCUGUCACAGAAAAACCAUCAAUGUGCCUCCAAAUUAUUAACAUACUACUGUGCCUAUUGGCAUUUGUUGGAUUCAAUGGUUUUCAAUUCCUCUUCAGCAUUGAUGUUUGGAAUUUUCCAGGGGGUGUGGAAAUGCGCUGGAUUGACACUUAUUUUCCCUUCACCAACCCAUCAUUUGAAUUGGAGAUAUAUUUUCAGGACGGCUGGUUGGAAGUUCUAGGUUGUGGAGUGACGGAACAAGAAAUAUUGAAGAGAAGCGGGAGGGUGGACAACAUUGCUUGGGCCUUUGGGCUUGGACUGGAGCGAUUAGCAAUGGUUUUAUUUGAUAUUCCAGAUAUUCGCCUUUUCUGGUCGAACGAUGAGCGGUUUACUUCUCAAUUCUCUAAAGGGCAGCUUGGUAUCAAGUUUAAACCAUUUUCAAAGUACCCUCCAUGUUACAAGGACAUGAGUUUCUGGAUCAGCGAUUCAUUUACUGAGAACAACCUCUGUGAAGUCGUUAGAGGUAUUGCUGGGGAUCUUGUGGAGGAGGUGAAAUUGAUAGACAACUUCACUAACAAGAAGGGAAUGACCAGUCACUGUUAUAGGAUAGCAUAUCGAUCAAUGGAGCGUUCACUCACAGAUGAGGAGAUAAACGACUUGCAGUGGAGGGUACGAGAACAAGUUGAGACCAAGUUGCGCGUUGUUCUUAGAUGAAUUUCUCUUGUCCCAAUUGCCAGCAUUGUUAAUUUACACUCAUCUCAUUUUCCAAGUUUCUGGGAGUUGGUUUAUAGGAUCAAGGAACAAAGGAUUUGGUCAAAAUGAUGGAUUUGAUAUGAUGUUCGAUGAAGGAUUCGUGUUAUGUAUCCUUGUGCAUUCUGUAUUUUUUUUAAUGAUGAUCUUACAAUAUCUACUUUCAGAAAGCUUAAAUCCCGAACGUUUUGAGAGAGAGAAAAGAAUCUCUUUCUGGGUUUUAGAUCAUAAAAUGGAGUUCAAAUAUUUCAAACA